AUGGCCGAGAUCGAGAACCGGGGCCCUCAGCUCCUCGGUGUCGAUGUCUUCUUCAUCAUCCUUGCUUUGAUCACCACAUUGCUGAGAAUUUAUGUACGAAUCUUCAUGGUCAAGUCGUGGGGCAAGGAAGACUGGUUCAUGCUUGCUGCCACGACGGCCUUUGUUCUCUUUUGUUCUUUUUCGAUAUCUGGUGUCCAUUAUGGAACUGGUCGACACUUUGCAGACUUGACGGAAGAUAAUGCCAUGUCGGCCAUGAAGUGUUGGUUCUUCUGCUACCUCUUCUACGCCACCUCCAUGAUUUGCUCGAAAUUGUCCAUCGGCUUCUUCCUUCUUCGCAUUACCGUGAAGAAGAUUCAUAUCUGGAUUGUCUAUGGUGCCAUGUUCUUCUCCGUCCUUUCCGGUAUUGCCUUCUUCCUCGUCACAUUAUUACAAUGUACACCGGUAUCAUUCUUUUGGGAACGAGUCGGUGAAUUCUACGGUGAUCCAAUGGAGGGCACCUGCGUCAGCGCCGAAGUGAUUAUUGGUCUCGCCGCCCUUUACAGCACUUUCAGUGUCUUAUCCGACUUUACAUUUGCCAUUCUGCCAGCUUUUCUUUUGUGGGAUCUCAAAAUCGACAGGAGAACAAAGUUCACCAUCAUUCCCAUCCUGGCCAUGGGUUGCGUGGCCUCCUCGGCGGUGGUCGCCCGAUUUCCUUACCUACCAAACUUUCGAAACUUUGACUUUCUCUUUGCCACCGUCGACAUUGCCAUCUGGUCGGCCGUGGAGCAAGGGCUCGCCAUCGCCGCCGGCUGUCUGGCGACCCUGCGGCCCUUGCUCAAGGAGGUUAGCUAUCGGCUCGGCUGGAGCAAGCCGUCGAAUGGCUCCAGCGGCCACAUGAGCGGCAUGAUGUCGGGCACGUUUCCCAACACGGGCGGACGCAGCCGCGGCAUGAGUCGCAAUUUGGACAUGUACGACUUGUCCGAGUUCACACAGAUUGACGAUGAGGAGUCGAAAAUAGGCAGUAAACCUGCCAAGGAGGGGCGCUUUAGCAUUCCGAGUCUGCGGUCUCCGAAACUGCCUCCAUCGACGACCGAGCGGAAAAGUGUUAGUACAAAGGUCAAGGCGGUCUCUGAAGGGAUCGAUAGCGAGGAGGAGCUCAGCGAUCAACAAAGCCAAAAAGUUGUCGUCUCCAAGGAAUUUUCUUAG